GGCGGGAGCGCGGGGAGUGGUAGUGAGGCUAUUACGGCUGUUCAGGAAAGAUGUCGAGCAGGAGAAGUGUUGGGAACCCAGAGUAUUUAACUAAGCGCAUUCCUCAGAAUCCCAGAUACCAACACAUAAAGACCCGCCUCGAUACUGGGAGCAGUUUAACAAAAUACACUGAGAAGUUGGAAGAGAUCAAAAGAAAUUACAGGUACAAAAAGGAUGAGCUGUUUAAAAGGCUGAAAGUGACAACUUUUGCCCAGUUGGUCAUCCAGGUUGCCUCUUUAUCUGAUGAAACCCUAGAAGUGACAAAUGAGGAGAUACAGAAGCUGGAAGAUGCUGAUUCUGCCUCUCCAGAUGCAGAAGUCACAGGAGGGACAAAUGGGAAAGGAAGCCCUGAUGGGUCACCUAGUCCAGUCCUGUUCCUAAACAGCACAGGAACUGGGGACUCCCAUAGGUCCACGCUGCAAAGCGUGAUAAGUGGUGUUGGUGAAAUGGAUAUAGAAAAAGAAGACACUCCAAAGAAAGUGGACACUCAGGCUAAAGACCUGCCCUAUCCUGACUGCCCCUUCCUGCUCCUGGAUGUACGAGACCGAGACGAGUAUGACCAAUGUCACAUUGUUGGAGCACAUUCGUACCCCAUUGCAACGCUGUCUAGAACCAUGAACCCCUACACAAAUAGUAUUCUGGAAUAUAAAAAUGCCCAUGGAAAAAUUAUCAUUUUAUAUGACAACGAUGAGAGGUUGGCCAGUCAAGCUGCCACAACCAUGUGUGAGAGGGGCUUUGAGAACUUGUUCAUGUUGUCUGGAGGCCUGAAGGUCCUUGCACAGAAGAUCCCUGAAGGUCUCAUCACCGGCUCACUCCCUGUGUCCUGUCAGGUGACAACUCUCACUGGCUCUGCCCGAAGGAAGCCCUCUCUCAAAGUGCCACCCACACGUGCUGAGAAUAAAUGGAGGUUUUCUGCAGAUGAUCUCCAAAAGAUCAAGUACUACCUGGAAGAGGAGCACAUGCCUUCAGACACUGCCAGCCGGCUGAGCCGUGGCUCUUCAGGCCGUGACUCCAAGGUGACCACCGUGAGGAGCAGCUCCAGUCUCCCCAGCUCUGCCGGAUCCCUCACCACCCGCUCGCUCGGCAGGAGCAACCUCCAGCACAGGCCAUGGAAAUAAACAGUGCAGUGAUGUCUUCUACUAAGUGAACAGGGAGGUUCUGGGACCCGCAAGCAGGGCUGCCUGGUUUUACAGGGACUCCAUGGAGACAGGCAGUGGUGGUUUAUAAAUGGCAGCUGGGGUGCGGCAGGGGGAGCUGGAGUGGCUGUUCCAUAGAACCAGGAAUGGUCUCUCUGGCAAGGCUGACCUUGAGGGGCAACCUCAGGACAAUCUCAUUUUAUAGGAGAUGGAGGAAACUGGUAGUAAAGCCUGUGACCAGUAGAAAAUGUGAAGCUUCUAGUU